GCAUGAUCAUCAGGCACCUCCUGCUCGUCGUAUUCAACGUGAACGCAAACCACCUGGAUGGCACUCAAAUUGUGAAGUGAAUGUCAAUUGUGUGCAAAUAGCAACCCCCGUCACCUCUUCUACUUCUGCGGCUACCUCAGCACCGAGGUUUUCUUGCAGCCAUCAGUCUUACUCGGGAGCCUCUAAAUUACCGUGAGGCAGUCCAAGAUCCUAAAUGACGCGAGGCAAUAUUGUAGAGAGAGAUCACUGCGCUUGAGAACAAUGGAACGUGGGCAGUACAACCGUUACCACCCGAAAAGAAGCCCACUUUGUAAAUGGGCAUACAAAAUUAAAUAUAAAAGUGAUGGGUCUAUUGAGCGCUAUAAAGCGCGUCUUGUUGUUUGUGAUAGGCCGGUACAUGGAGUGGACUAUGACGAAACUUUUGCUUCGGUGGUCAAAAUGGUGACGGUUCACACCAUUCUGGCCUUUGCCGUUGUUCGUGAUUGGGAAAUACAUCAGAUGGAUGUCGAUAAUGCCUUCCUGCAUGGAGAUUUGCGUGAAGAAGUUUAUAUGCAUUUCCCGCCCGGUUAUUCCUCUUCCCGUCCGGAUCAUGUUUGUAAGUUGCUCAAGUCUCUUUAUGGGCUACGACAGGCACCACGUUGUUGGUUUUCUAAGCUUACUAGUGCUUUUAAAUCAUAUGGGGUGUGUCAUCGGAUAUUUUGUUCUUCUUGGCAACUCUCCUAUCUCAUGGCGUACUAAGAAACAUAUGUAACUGUGUCUCGCUCUUCUGUUG